CUGAUAUACGAGGAACCAAAUACACAAAGUUUUGUGCAGAUUUGUAUCCAGGCUACUAAUCUGGUGUCAGGUUGUGUGUUGCCAUUCAUCACAUCAUAGAGAGCAGACUAUAAAAAAAACUGCAAACGCUCACAGUCGCACACAGAGAUACAGGCUGAGGUUAACAAAACAUAGACAAGCAUCAGUAUUUUCCAGGGAGUCUCCAUUAUUUCUGGCUUGGGGACUCUCUAAUGGUAUUUCAUUGUAAUUGCGAUGAUGUCAGAGUGUCCGUCCGCCCUAAUGGCCUUCUAAAAACAACAACAAGGGCAGAUUGGUUCCAUUCACUGGAUCGCCCGGCCACCGAGACACCACCACAGAGUCCAGCAGCUCAGAUCUUCAGGAUCUCCGGCUGAAAAAGCAUGCAUCUCCACCCUCUCCCCCUCUCCGUCCUCCUCCUCCUCCUGGUUGCCGGGGCAGCCGUGCUGAGCGUUGCUGUGACAACAAACCUCCAGGACUUCCGAGGCUGCGCGGUGCGGGAGUUUUCUUUUGUGGCCCAGAAGCCCGGCUGCAAGGGCCUACGCAUCACCACAGAGGCCUGCUGGGGGCGCUGUCACACCUGGGAGAGGCCCGUACCAGAUCCGCCCUACAUCCACCGGCACCACCGCGUGUGCACGUACAGCCGCACCCGCCACAUGACGGCCCGGCUGCCGGGCUGCCAGCCCCACGUCUCCCCCCUCUACCACUACCCCGUGGCCCUGCACUGCCACUGCGCCGUCUGCUCCACGCAGGACACAGAGUGUGAGACCUUCUGAAAGGACGGGGACUCGGCAAAAGCAGCGGGAUCGACUGAUUUGUGUGAAUAAAAACGAUCAAACGGUGGCUAGAAAGAGGGAGGAUGUUUCAGUUUGUGUAGACUGUAGUAGAGCAUGUGCAUGUAGCCUUUACAUGUCUGUAUGUACAAAAAAGGAGAAAUAAAAGGAUGGAAAUUACAUUUUAAAA